UCAGCUGCACUAUCAGGUCUCCUGCUGCAGUGAAGGUGGCUAGAGGGAGCACAGGUCUGAUUCUGAUCCAGGCUCUAUCUGACUCAUACCACUGGAAUCGGCAGCAGUGCCGUGUUCUGCUCUGUGCUCAGAGAACAAAAAAGCUUCAGUAUGUGAGCCCUGACUCACUGCAGCUGUAAGCUGGAGCAGGCAUUUUUGCAGGAAGUGCAACGCCUCUGUGGUUAAGGGUCAGCUUAUUUCAAGGAACCGGGAAGUGAAAUCAAACUUUGCUCCUGUCCUGGAGGAGCCAUGGCUGCACAGAAUCCUGCAAGAACUCUCCAGGAUGAAGCUUCUUGUUCCAUCUGCCUGGAUUAUUUUAAGGAUCCAGUGACUGUUGACUGUGGCCACAACUUCUGCCGAGCCUGCAUCACCCAAUGCUGGUCAAGGUCGGAUACAAACAUCUCUUGCCCUCAGUGCAGACAGGCGUUUCCCCAGAGGAACUUCAGGCCGAACAGACAGCUGGGGAACGUUGUAGAAAUAGCCAAGCAGCUGAACAAGCAAAAAGAAGAAGAUGCUGAUGUGGGGAGAGUGUGUGAGAAACACCAGGAGCCCCUGAAACUCUUCUGUGAAGAUGACCAAAGGCCCAUCUGUGUGGUGUGUGACAAGUCCAAGACACACAGGGCUCACACCGUGGUUCCCAUUGAGGAUGCUGCCCGAGAGUACAAGGAUCAAAUUAGGAGCCGUUUGGAGAGAUGGAAGCAGGAGAUAACAGAGAUUGAAGAACUGAAAAUGGUUGGAGAAAUGACAAGCCAGGAACUUCUGGAAGAGACAGAGAAUGAAAGGAAGAAGGUUCUGUCUGAAUUUGAGUCCUUGCAUCAGUUCCUGGAGGAGAGAGAAUUGUUCUUUCUAGCCCAACUGGAAGUGCUAGACAAGGAGACUGUGAAGAAGCAGAAUGAAUAUACCACGGGGCUUACCCAGGAGAUAACUCAUCUCAAAAACUUGAUCAGUGAGAUGGAGGGGAAGUGCCAGCAGCCAGCAAGUGAAUUCCUGCAGGACAUCAGAAAUACCUUGAGCAGAUGUGAAAUGGGGAAGUUUCAGAGUCCAGCAGCCCCCUUUCUGGACCUGGAAAGGAGAAUCAAGGGAUUUUCUCAGAAGCACACACUGAUGGAGAAUGCGCUGAGCAGUUUCAAAGAGACACUGUCAUCUGAACCAAAGAUGGGAAAAGUGACUCCAACAUCUGGGAAGCAGCUGGGCAAAGUGAAUGUGACUCUGGAUCCAGUCACAGCUCACGCCCAACUUGUCCUGUGUGAAGACAGGAAAAGUGUGAGAUGGGACUAUGCACGGCAGGACAUGCCUGACAACCCCAGAAGAUUCGAUCCUGUUCCCUGUGUGAUGGGCAGUGAGGGAUUCACAUCAGGGAGACAUUACUGGGAGGUGGAGGUGGGUGGUGUUGGAUGGGCGGUGGGAGUUGCUAGAGAGUCGGUGAGGAGGAAGGGAGGGAUCAGCCUUGAGCCACAGGUGGGAAUCUGGGCAGUUGGGCAGUUGAACCCAGUUCAGUUUGUGGCUCUCACUUCUCCUUGGACUAGCCUGCCUCCACAUCAGCGAAUCAGGAAAAUCAGGGUUGUCUUGGACUAUGAAGGGGGCCAGGUGGCAUUUGUCAAUGCUGAGACCCAGACUCAGAUCUUCACCUUCACAGCAGCCUCUUUCACUGGGAGAAUCUUCCCGUUCUGCUGGGUCACAGAUGAAAAAGCCCAAAUCCGAAUGUGUUACUGAGACAUGUAGUAAAAUAUCUGCCCAAAGGGCAGAGCCUUUGUUGCGAACUCUCAAGACAUCCUGCUGACUGGCUUCUAUUGUGUCCCUCCUAUACUCUUGUACUGACUGCAUUGCAGCAGCGUCCAAGGGCCCCAGUUGUCUGACACCACAGCUCUGGCUGGCGCUCUGAAUAGGUGUGUGGCUUUGCCAACCCUUGCAGCCUGUUUUUCAGUGUCUUUGCUGCAGCACAUGGUAUCAAUGCCAGAGAACAGAGGCCUUUCUUUUGGAGCAGAAAUCUUGUAUAGAGAGAUCAGUGGCAAUUUGGGAAAUCUGAGAGGGAAGUUUAUUUAAAAAAAGAAAAAAGAAGAAAAAAUGCAUAAAAGGAAAAAUGAGGGAGAUCAUGAGCUUUUUUGGAGCAGAAACCAUGUCUCUCCCUCAUGUCUGUGCAACAGCCAAUGGAAUAGGGGGGAAUUGAUCUCAGCUGGUGUAAGGACUUUCUCCCUAUGUCAGUGCAGCGCUUACCAUGGGGGGGGGGGAGGGGGGGACCCUGAUCUCAGCUAGGACCUCUGGGUGCUCUUAUAAUACAUAGUACCUAAGGGAUAGCAUGACUGUGAGAGUCAUCCAGAAGAUUCAUAAACUUGUGGCAAAAUUUUCAGGCACAUCUACUGUGACUUAGGAUUCCAAUUCCCAGUUUCCACAGUCACUGUGUGGUUCUUAGGAGCCUAAGAGGACAUGGGACUUAAGUUCCUAAGUCACUAAGGUACACUUGGAAAUGUGCCCCUUUUUCAGUCUUAUGUGCUAUUCUUCCCUCUCAAUCCAGUUGCUGUAUCAGUAGCUGAUUUCAAUCAGUCUCUAUGAAUACAUCCCUCACUGGGGCUGCAGGUUGGGUCCUUGCAUGACUUCAAAAAGUAGCCAUUGCUGAAGGAUGAGCUGUCACAAUCCUGUCAUUGCUUCCUAGACAAGAGGCAACUGUCUUGUGUGCCCACUGUUCACAUAAGGGUUCAGAGGUCAAAGUUAAAAUAUGCAUUUAGGCUUCAUGUUUGUUUAGCAUAAAUAAAAUUAUAUUUUUAAAUAAUUUAUAUUGUACUGUGUUGCUCCCUCCCCUAAAUUCCCCAACCCCAUGUCCAUAUUUUGAUCAUUGGUGCUGGAAUAUGGGGGCGGUGGGGAGUGAGGAAGAGGAGGGCAUCACUAGAUUUAUCAAUGAGGAUUGUACCUCAGACACUAGUGAUGAUUGUGGCAAACCUAACAAGGAGACAGAGAUGGAGACUGCAGGUGAGCAGGGGUAGAAACUUUUGACUUCUCAAAAACAAAUAAGUCUUUUAUGGCAACUGAACCUCCCUCCUGGAAUUUUAUGAGGCUAAAGCAGUGGAUCAGUGACCAUCCUGCUGUCAAAUUGGAAAUCUUUUAUAUAUAUAGAUAUAUAUCUAUAUAGAUAUAGAUAUGUGUGUGUGUAUGUGUAUGUGUAUGUGCAUAUGUUUGGGGGGUUUUUUACCCUCACCCAGAAAUAAGUAAAACAAUGAAAUAGGACCUGAUAUCAUUGUCAUUGUCAUCUUUGUAGACUUCAUGGCAAACAUGCUUGAACAAGUCUGUUCAGGAGGCUUUCUCAAAGGAAGCUCAAGGUCAGGGUCAUUCUUGAUGGAUCUUCACUUAUUCCUGAGAAGUUAUACCAGGAAGAGACUUGGUCUCUUCAGAGUCUGGAGAACAUGCACAUGCUUUCAGAAUCUCUUCUCUCAAGGCUCCCAAGACCUGGAACUCUGACCCAAUCAGAGCAUCACAGAAUCAUCAAAAAGUUGGACUGGAAGGAUCCCCAAUGCUCAAGGCAAGAUCAUACCUCGCUAAACCAUCUGAGACAAGUGCUUGUGUAACCUGUUCUUAAAAGCAUCAGGAACAACCCUCACGCACAGUACCCCAAACACCCUAACCUGCUGUAGGCAAGGUGGGGGGACAAGGGCCUCACCAAUAUUUUACCACUGCAAGGACAGGAAGCAGUUUGUUAAUAACACAUUAUAGAGGCCUACUUAAAUCACAGGGAAACAAAACAAUUUUCCUGGGUUGGAUGUGGCAUCAACAGCAAAUUCUGCAGAUAUUUCUUGGAUGGGAUCUGGUGACCCCACCCCUCAGUGCUGAUUGGUGACCAGGGGGAGGAGGGAUGAGGGGGUGGCCCUUAUCUUGUCUCCUUCCCCUCAUGCCACUCCACAAGCUGGCACCUUUCUCACAGUGGCAGGGAAGUUUCUUAGAAUGAUAUAUUUUAUUCGACCAGCUAUGUAGUUGGGAUAGAGCUAGACAAGCUUUUGAGUAACCCAACAAAGACUGUCUUGCAUUCAAACAUUUGUCUAACUCUAUCUCAACUUGAUAAGCGGACCAAGAACAAAAUUCCACCCUAAGAAAUGCUUGUCUAUGUAGCAUAGAGAAUUUUCUGUUCUGUGCAUGUUUUAUCAUCUGGCCAUGUUUUAACUAACAACUUCCUUAGCUUUGCAAGUUCAAGGCAUGGACCUUUUCUCUCCUGAAUGCUUCCUGGGACACUACUAGAUUUUGAGGCCUUUGAGGGUUUUCCACAUGUUACAUUCCUAAAUUUAGGCUAGCUUGUGCCACAUAGAAAGGGUUGGAUCUUUCACCCUUAUUGGCUAUUACAGUGAUUCUCAACCAGGAUGCCCUGGCACCAGUGGGUGACUUGAGAUCUUUUCAAGGGUGUCACAGGUUACUGGUACUGUUAGGUGUGCAAAUAUGAUUCAGUCUCUAUGAAUAAGAAUAAUAAUCGAAAGGAUUCAAAUAGGAAUUCAUAGUGUUAAAAGCAUCCUAACCUGUUGGCAUCUUUCUGAGUUCUUUGCAGAGGAAAAAUUGCUAUAGUAUUUUUCUGUGGACAAAAACAGAGUGAAAGCUAAGAGCUGCUGUUUUCCAAGGGGGAACUUGAGUCUACAAGGGCUGAGAACCAAGGGUUGCCUGUACUUGCUGGGGACUGCACUUGAUGAGCCUGGUGCUUCCUGCGAGUCUUUCAUUCCAAAAAACAAAUGAAAAUGCAUCAACAUAAAACCAAGAUGCCUCUAAGGAACAAACCACUCUGCCACUAGGCAAGGCUGAGCCCAGGUCUGUGAUGAGGAGAUUGGAAGUGAUCGCUCUUCUACCCAGAAGUAGCUGGGGCUUCUGAGAAUCCAUCCAGGGCUCUCCAACCAGAAGGCAUUGGUUCCACCUCUCUGAUUUGUUUAUCCAGUGCCUACAGCAUGAGGCUACAGCUUUUGCUCAGCCUACAGUGCCUCAAGAUCAAAGGGAUCACUUGGAAGUAUCUUCUCUGCUCUGCGCAGAGAAACCUCAAGCCAAACAGGCAACUGGGCUGGAUACGGAAAAUUGGUGCAAGGGGGGAAGGUUCAGGCUGUGAUGGCUUUUCCUCCCGAAGUGAAGCAGAGAACAGAGGAUUACAUCUCCAACCUUCAAGCUCUAAAGCAAUUCAAAGUGGAUGUGACUCUGGAUCCAGACACAGCAGGUCCUGAAGUCAUCCUCUCUGAAGAUCUGAAAAGUGCCAGAUGGGGAAAACCAAGCAGAGAAAUGCCUGACCGUCCUGAGAGAUUUGAUAGUGGUCCAUGCAUGCUGGGCUGUGAGGGAUUCAUCUCGGGGAGACAUUACUGGGAGGUGGAGGUGGACGGGAGGUUCUGGACUGUGGGGAUUGCCAGAGAGUCUGUGAGAAGAAAGGGACACUCCAUCUUUAUACGUGACUUGGGGAUCUUGGGUUUGCGGAAGUAUGAGAUACUUUGUGUGGCUCUCACUAGCCCUUCUAAUACUUUUGUUCCUCUAGAGAAGACCAGCAAGGAAAUUGGUGUCUAUCUGGACUAUGACUUGGGCCAGCUGUCAUUUUAUGAUCUUAAAAAUGAGAAGCUGAUUUUUGCUUUCCCACAGGUUUCUUUCAAUGGGGAGAAAGUCUUCCCUUACUUCAGCAUACUGCUGUCUCAAAUAAAACUGUCCCCCAAUGGAUGACAUGUAUCUCUGACUUGAAGGAACUGGAUUCUCUCAUCUUUGGAAUCACAGUCUCUAUGACCAUGGAAGAAGAGAGUAUUUUUGCAAGGCCUCUCCUAGCUUAUAUGUUCCUAGCAUCUGUGUUACGUUGGAGAACCUCUUUCCUGAAGAAUUACUGACUUUCAGUCUCAGAUCACAGUGUGUGGCUCUUGGGAGAGUGGACUGUUCUUGCCUGGUGUUGUGGAACUUCUCCUCAUUUAGAGUCUAUGAAGCUAUGAGAUGUCUGUGUUUCUUUAGAUUCCCUGCUUGCUUUGCUGGAGUGCAGAGUAAGGAAUAUUUUAAUGGCACAGAUUAAGGAAGGAAAAUCCUGAGUGAAAAUUAUGUCAUCAUUAUCAAUAUGGCACCAGCUGUGAAUGUAGGCCACACAAGGCAGAACAUAAGUUAAAAGACAGAAGGACUAAAGUUCUGUGGAAGACAGUGAAGUGCAUCAGAAUAUUUGGGAUAUGUGCACGAGCAGCCUGGAAUGUAGGACCAAGCCUGAAACAAUAGAUGCUCAGGAGAUGCUGUAAUUGAAUACGUUCAUUAAUCAGAAAAUUGCAAAGCUGCAUGGCACCAAACAUGACUGAUCAUAAUGAAAGCAUGUAGAAUGCUACAUGUAGCAUGUAGAGAGCAGCAGAGCUCAUCAGAACAUCUGGGAUCUGUUCAAGAACACCCAGAGACAGACUCAGUACAAACAAGUAAUUGAAUAAGUUAAUUCAUCAGGAAAUUGGAAAGGUGCAACCAGGUAUAAUAUUCAUUAAAAAAAUUAUUAAGAUGAUUAGUCAGCAGAUCAUAAUAUGCAAUGAUGUGGACUUGAUGUUGUGGCGGUCGAGUGGUAGGCCGGGAAACGGCAGGUGGGUACUUUCCCGCGAUGGAGCAGAAUUAGGCACAGAAGCGUAUUUGUUAAACCAAGAUUACUUUACUAACACUGUCGACGGAUACAGCGUAGGCAGAAAGUUAACUUCAGUUACAGUUGCAAACCGAACGAGAGCUCUAGAAACCAAGGUGAGAUGUCCGUGAACAAUUCAACAAGCAUGCAGGACAUGGGGUACAACAAUUCAACGAGCAUGCAGGACACGGGGUACGUCGGGAAGGUCGAUGACAGGGAGUUGUUGGUGGGUGAUCAGUCCGCCAAGUUCACUCCGAGGUGGGCGCGGAGUUCUCCGACUUGGGCGGAAACUGCUCUAACUUUUAUACGGCUUAGCGAGCCAAUUGCUAGUCGCCAUGUAGGAAUAAUUUAGAACCGGCCAAUAAUGGUGUGCGUAUUUGCAUAAGGAUGGCAGGAACCUUUCUGCACCGGGGUUCUCCACCGUAGUGGAAAAAUUCCACUGUGCCGAGGCACUUAACUACUGGGUUCUGACAGAUGUAAGCAUUUCAAAUGUAUUAAAAGAGUAGAAUAGAAAUGCACUUUGGACUUGUGUUUAAUCCUGUUUGAUCACCUGGCUGAUAGUGUGAAUAAAGGCUACAUGAAGCUUACUGAAAAA